CACUACAUAUACCCUGCUUUCGGCCACAGAUGUUUCCUCAACUCUCCUCUCCCCCAUCUCAUCUUCAGCUCUUCCUCUACUCUCAGUCUCUCACAGAACAAUUCAAUUCUCAAGGCACAGGCUCAGCCAAGAAACCAAGCUAACCCACCUUGGGAGGAUUGCUGCUCAGCUCUCGGAUUCUUGCAUUGCUCACUCGAGUCGAUCUUGGAGUGGAGUGAUGGCUUCCGCGCAAUCGUGGAAGUCUAUGUUCUGCUGCGUCGGAGGCGCAGCGGCGGGGGUGGCCGGCGCCGACGAGGACGGGCCAUCGCCGUCAUCGCUGCCGCAGGGGCGGAGGAGAGGGGAACGGAGGACUCUGCUGUCAUCGUCGUCGGCAUCUUCCGCCUCGCGGGUGUCCCUGUCGAGCCUGGGGUCGACGGGCACUCUCACGCCGGAGGACCUCUCGCUCACGCUGUCCGGCUCCAACCUGCACGCCUUCACCUACGCCGAGCUCAAGGCGGUCACCGCCGGCUUCUCCCGGUCCAACUACCUCGGCUCCGGCGGCUUCGGCCCCGUCUACAAGGGCCACGUCGCCGCCGAGCUCCGGCCGGGGCUGGAAGCGCAGGCCGUCGCCGUCAAGUACCUCGACCUCGACGACAGCACGCAGGGCCAUAAGGAGUGGCUGGCUGAGGUGUUCUUCCUUGGGCAGCUGAGGCACGAGAACCUGGUGAAGCUCAUCGGGUACUGCUACGAGGACCAGCACCGGAUGCUGGUGUACGAGUACAUGGGCAACGGCAGCCUCGAGAAGCACCUCUUCAAGAGCCUCGACGGCUGCAUGCCGUGGGCGACCAGGAUCAAGAUCGCCGUCGGCGCUGCCAAGGGCCUCGCCUUCCUCCACCAUGCCGACACGCCGGUCAUCUACCGCGACUUCAAGGCCUCCAACAUCUUGCUCGACGAGGACUACACCACCAAGCUGUCCGACUUCGGCCUCGCCAAGGACGGGCCACAGGGCGACGCAACCCAUGUAUCGACACGUAUCAUGGGGACACAUGGGUAUGCUGCGCCUGAGUACAUCAUGACGGGACACUUGACCGCUAAGAGCGACGUCUACAGCUUCGGCGUGGUGCUCCUAGAGCUCCUAUCGGGUCGGCGCUCCAUCGAUCAUGCUCGGCGUUCUAGGGAGCAGAGUUUGGUCGACUACGCGAGGCCAUACCUCAAGAAGGCUGACAAGCUGCACCGGAUUAUGGACCCGGCUUUGGAGUGCCAAUACUCGGGCAAAGGGGCCCAGCAGGCCGCGCUCCUCGCGUACAAGUGCUUGAGCCAAAACUCGAAGUCCAGGCCCACCAUGGGGGAGGUGGUUCGGGCCUUGGAGCCUAUACUCAAGAUGGAUGACUACCUCCAGGUAGGUCCAUUUGUGUUCACGGUCAUAUUAGAAGAUCCCAACGAAAUUCACGAGAGCAAAAGAAAGCUUGUUGAUGGCAAGACAAAGCUUGACAUGAGGAAUGAGUCGAAUGUGGAAGAGAAGCACAAGAGCCACCAAGACCGGCACCGGCAGAAGUACCCAAACUCAACGAUCCAUGCUGAUGUUGCGUUGAAUCGGGACGGUGCCAUCGGCCCAUACACGACUGCACUACAACGUCACCGAAGGGCAUCAAGCCACACCGAGGAAAGGGGUGCAUAGGGCAUACCUGAGAGGGUACAUAGGAUCGAUAGUAGGAUGUACAGAACAGACAAUUGUAUAUAUGUACAAAUUUUGUAGGGGUGUGACACAAGUCGCAGAUCACCAUAUUGGUUUGGUUCAGAGUUAUUCUUUAUGAAAAGAUAGAUCUAUUUUUUCUUUC